UCUUCUAGUUUCUUACAUAACUCCCUCCAAACCCCAUACCCUACCUUUUCCUUCUCCCCCAUCACCCUCCUCCAUGGAGCCCCAUCACCUCUCAAACCCUUCUCCCCAUCUCCAUCACUCCGCCAUGGAAGACCAUCAUAUCCUUCACCGUCAUCACCACGUCCACGUCCACGACCUUGACCCUGAUCCUGACCCUGACCCUGACCCUGAUUCCAUUUGGUCGUCGUUGUUGCCUUUUCAUCUCCCCGACCCUCAUCAUCAAUUCCCUAGCUCCUCAACCCACCUGUUGAUCAGCUACGCUACUCCGAGUUCUAGGGUAGAUGAUAACGAAGAGCCGGAAGAAGAGCUUGGUGCCAUGAAAGAGAUGAUGUAUAAGAUCGCUGCGAUGCAACCGGUGGAUAUCGAUCCUUCGACUAUCCGAAAGCCCAAACGACGAAAUGUACGGAUUAGCGAUGACCCGCAAAGCAUUGCAGCUCGUCUUCGACGAGAGAGGAUCAGUGAGAAGAUCAGAAUUCUUCAAAGGCUUGUGCCUGGUGGGACGAAGAUGGACACAGCUUCAAUGUUAGAUGAAGCAAUUCGCUAUGUCAAGUUCUUAAAGAGGCAAAUCCGGUUGCUGCAGUCAAGUGAUCAGCCGCAACAGCCAAGAACUGACGGCGGAGCCGCCGCUGGAGGGUGGCCUCUUACAUUCCAUAUGGCUGAUGGUUCAGCCUCCUCGUCCACGUCCAUGGAGACUACGCCUGCCAUUAUUACACCAUCAGGAUGGUGAGAGAAUUAAUAUUUACUUAAUUAAUUACAUGAUUAUGAGUAAUUAGUGCUUAAAUUAAUAUGUUUGUAAUUGUACCUUCAAAAAAAA